CGAAACUGCAGGGCCGGCCGCAAUCUAACCGGCACGGCCUGUCUCUGACUCUCGCUCUCGCCUCUCGCACGCGUCCGCCGCCAACCGACCCGCCGCGCGGCACACCCCGCCGGCCGCCGGUGGCCGCAAGUCCGCACGCUUGCGUCCCUCCCGCCGCGGCACUGCUGGCCUCACUAUCAGACGCACACAAACUCCACUGAGAAGUGAAACCCUUGGCCCCGGCGCCCCAAAACCCCUCGCGUGGCAGCGGCGAGCCAUGGAUAUCGAGUGCCUCGUGCUAGGUGCGGGUCAGGAGGUGGGGAAGAGCUGCGUGGUGGCGACCAUCGGCGGGAAGCGCGUCAUGUUCGACUGCGGCAUGCACAUGGGAUACCACGACCGCCGCCGCUACCCGGACUUCUCGCGCGUGCUCGCCGCCUCCGGGGCUCCCAACUUCACCGCUGCCAUCUCCUGCGUUAUCGUCACGCACUUUCAUCUGGAUCAUAUCGGGGCGCUACCCUACUUCACCGAGGUCUGCGGGUACCACGGCCCCAUCUACAUGACGUAUCCAACAAAGGCUUUAGCUCCAUUUAUGCUGGAGGAUUAUCGGAAAGUAACGGUAGAUCAGAGAGGAGAGGAAGAGCAAUAUAGUUAUGAAGAUAUUCUCAGGUGUAUGAAGAAAGUCAUACCAUUGGACUUGAAGCAGACGGUUCAAGUAGAUAAAGACCUCAUGAUCCGUGCCUAUUAUGCUGGACAUGUUCUAGGGGCUGCCAUGAUUUAUGCAAAAGUUGGUGAUGCUGCUAUGGUUUACACCGGAGAUUACAAUAUGACACCAGAUAGACAUCUUGGAGCAGCGCAAAUUGAUCGUCUGAAGUUGGAUCUUUUGAUAACAGAGUCCACAUAUGCUAAAACUAUACGUGACUCAAAGCAUGCCCGAGUGAGGGAGUUCUUAAAAGCGGUUCAUAAAUGUGUUUCUGGAGGAGGUAAAGUUCUAAUUCCAACAUUUGCUUUGGGAAGAGCGCAGGAGCUGUGUAUAUUACUGGAUGACUAUUGGGAGAGGAUGAACUUGAAGAUUCCUAUUUACUUCUCAGCUGGUUUGACCAUUCAAGCUAACAUGUACUACAAGAUGCUUAUUGGAUGGACUAGCCAAAAUAUCAAGGACAGUUACACAGUGCACAACCCAUUUGACUUCAAGCAUGUUUGUCACUUUGAGCGAUCUUUCAUUAACAAUCCUGGUCCCUGUGUACUUUUUGCAACACCUGGUAUGAUUAGUGGUGGAUUUUCUCUUGAGGCAUUUAAGAAAUGGGCGCCGUCAGAAAAAAAUCUGGUUGCACUUCCAGGAUAUUGUGUUGCUGGAACCAUUGGUCAUAAGUUGAUGUCUGGCAAACCUACGAGGAUUGAUUUAGACAAGGACACCCAUAUUGAUGUCAGAUGUCAGAUCCAUCAGCUAUCGUUCAGUCCUCACACAGACUCCAAAGGGAUCAUGGAUCUAAUAGAAUUUCUUUCACCCAAACAUGUAAUUCUUGUUCAUGGUGAAAAGCCUCAAAUGGCUUUCUUAAAGGAGAGAGUUGAAUCUGAAUUACGGAUGCCGUGCUAUUACCCAGCUAACUACGAAACUGUCUCCAUUCCGACAACCCAGAAUCUCAAAAUGAGCGCCUCGGAAAGGUUCAUUACAAGCUGCUCAGCAGAGCAAACUAGAGACAGUCUGCUAAAGGGUAACCUCAUUUGUGGUAGCAGUGUGUCCGAAGUGAAUAGCAGUGAAAAGCUAGCAGAGGGCAUUCUUCUGAUGGAGAAGCACAACACUCCGAAAAUUUUGUGCGAGGAUGAGCUUCUUCAGGUGCUGGGCGUGGAGAGGCAUGUUGUCCAGUUUGAGCUGAUGGUCUCCUCCAGAAUCGAAGCAGUAGACAGUACCGAUGAAUCAGCACUGCAGCAAGUCAAUGCAGCUGAUUUUGGUAGUGACUGAAAAUGUAAUGAACUCCUUACUCUGGUAAAAUAUGCUGUUGACGAGCAUUGGUCUGCUGAAAUCAGACCCUUAUAUUUCAA